UUUUGUAAAUGCCAAAUCCUACUCGGACUCGUCCUUUUCGUUUGGGCAGAGACGAAAGUGUCUUGAUCUGAUAUCUCAUAUAUGUGUGAAGGAAGAAAUGUAAAAGAAAAAAGCAAAAACCCAAGGCAGAUGAUCAAACACCAAAUCCUGAGAGCCAACAAUAAUAAGCCGAGAGAGUCACACACACGAGAAAACUUAUAUCGACCAUGGCUACGACAAGAAGAACUAUUAGGGUUCUCAUGCUUCCAUGGCUUGCUCAUGGUCACAUAUGUCCAUUACUAGAGCUAGCCAAAAAGCUCUCACGGAGGAACUUCCACAUCUUCCUAUGUUCAAGUCCUGUCAACCUUAGUUCCAUCAAAAUCCCUCGUGAAUAUUGUUCCACCAUUGAGCUGGUGGAGCUCCAUGUCCCAUCUUUACCUGAUCUCCCUCCUCAAUACCACACAACUAGGGGCUUAUCGCCUCACCUCAUGCCGAAACUCUGGAUGGCCUUCGACAUGGCGGGUCCUAACCUCUCUGACAUCAUCGAUGAUCGCCAACCCCAUUUGCUUAUCUUUGAUUAUCUCCUACCGUGGGCGCCCGAAGUCGCGAGGUCACGCAGCAUCCCGGCGAUCGGCUUCUCGAGCGUGGCAGCAGGGAUGAACUCGUACAUAAUCCACUCCAUCAAGAGGCCCAGUGAUGAGUAUCCAUUCAAGGCGAUUUGUCUUAAAGACUAUUGGAUAGCCAAGGAUAGGAACCAAAUGAAACAAGCAUCGAAGAGUGGCAUCAGCUACAUGGAAAGGGUCGUGCAAUGGAACGAGCAAUCGUCGGGCCUAAUCUUCAUGAAGACCUUUAUGGAAUUGGAGGGCAAAUACGUUGACUACCUAAAUGAUCUUUUGGGGAAGAAAGUCGUGCCAGUCGGCCCUCUAGUUGAAGAACCUCUCCAAGAGGAUGGGAAUCACAUAACUGAGUGGCUUGAUCAAAAAGUAAGAUCGUCGACCAUAUUCGUGUCCUUUGGCACGGAGUACUUCCUCACGGAGAAGGAAAGAGAAGAGAUAGCUUAUGGGUUGGAGCUUAGCAAUGUCAACUUCAUUUGGGUGGUUAAAUUUCCGGUGGAAGAGAACAUCAAGCUUGAAGAGGCACUUCCUAAGGGAUUUCUUGAAAGGGUGAGAGAUAGAGGACUAGUGAUAGAGGGAUGGGCACCACAAACUAGGAUUCUAGCACAUCCAAGCGUAGGUGGAUUUGUGAGUCACUGCGGAUGGAGUUCGGUCAUGGAGAGCAUCAAGUUUGGGGUCCCGGUCAUCGCGAUGCCGAUGCAUCUCGACCAGCCGUUCAAUGCGAGGCUCGUCGAGGACGUCGGGGUCGGAUUGGAGGUGACGAGGAACGAGAGUGGAGAGCUUGAGAGAGAGGAAAUUGCGAAGGUGAUCAAGGCUGUUGUGGUGGAGGAAGGUGGGAAGUGUGUGAGGAAUAAAGUCAAAGAAGUGAGUGUAGGCAUUAGGAAUAAAGGAGAUGAGGAGAUUGAUGAAGUGGAGUAUGCGAUUGUGCAGCUUUGUGGAGUGUGAAGUGUUAAAAAGAUAUCGUUUAGACAUUAAGAAAGUAUCAUCGAUAUCUCAUAUGUUCUGCAAGUAAUUUAAAUAUCUAGCAUAAUAUGUGUAUCUUGUGCGUGAUCGGAUUUGCUUAUAGAAUUAUAAUGGAAUAUUCACCGAA